AUGAAUGAGGCCAAAAGAUUAUUUCAAUGUGCUAUUACCGAAUACAAAUUGAACGACAUUCCUAUAGGAAAAUUAAAAAAUAAGGAAGUGAUUGGAAAAGGGGCAUACGGUUACGUGUAUAGAUGCAAUAUUGACGAAGAUUCUAGAAUGGUGGCAAUAAAAGAAAUAUCUGUUGGUGAUGAAGAUAGCGACACAUCUAUCAAAUCCUUUCUUGACGAGUUAAAAGUACACAGCAGGGCCAAAAACCAUCGUAUUAUUGAGUUAUUUGGAAUGAGCUAUGGUCAGAAAGUUCAUAUUAAGCAUUGGGUUAUUUUUUAA